GUAUUUACAGCUGUUUGUUACUCGUUUUUUUUGCUCAUUUUGUUUAUUUUUGUUAUAUUAAUCUAGUCGAUGGUUUAAAUUAUGAGUUUAUUGCAACCAAUUUGUGGUAAAAUAUGGAGAGGAAUCCAUACAACAGUUUCCCUGUUUGCCGAACCGAUGAAGAAAAAGCGUCGAAUCGAUCCAAUUCUGUUAAAGUUGAGGAAUGAAAGGAAAGCCAAACGGUUGGAGAAGAACAUAUUAAAGAUGGAAAAGGCUCCGAAACAAAUGAAACCUAUUGUUGAACUUUCGUUGUCACCUCAUGUUCAAAAGGAAAUGGAUAUUCGAGUUCGUAAAAAUGUUGAUCCUCAAGCUGAAGCCAAUUUUCGUAAAAUCUUGGCUGUCUGGCAAUUGUAUCGUUGUUAUCAAAGUAAAUCGGAAUAUAAAUGUAUAAGAGCAGUUAUCGCUUCUCAGGAAAAGGCAUUGAAUCAUCUUAAGAAAGUAUCGCCCAGUUUAUGGACUCAAGCUAUUGCAUUUGAUGAAAAACUAAUUCCUUACAAUGGAACUGACCAUCGACUUAAAUCGUCUCCACCUAAUCCUAAUUACACACCGCCUGAUGGACAUGUUAAAGAAACGACUAAAGAAUGGAAACUGUAAUCGUGCUAGUAUUUCUUAGUAAAUUUAUGUAAACAUUUAGUGAAUUAUAAAUUUAAAUUUAAAUUGAUAUCCAAA